CAAGAUGGCGGGAGUUCAAUUUUCUACAGUGAUUUCCGCUUCCAAAUAACGCCUAUUAGGCCCCAAAUACGUUCAUAAUCGUCUCAUUAUAUCAGUGUUCAGUUUGAUAUAAAUGUGGACUGCCUAACAAUGACGGAAGUAGCGUCAAAUGCAGCUUUGGGGAAGGCUCCCAAGACUCGAUUUGGAGAAAGGUUCAUUAUGGGCCAGGAGGUCCUGGCAAGGUGGUCUGAUGGACUCUUUUAUCUUGGAAACAUUCUGACGGUUGAUGAUGCAAAGGAACGUUGUUGUAUCCGAUUUGAGGAUGAUUCUGAAUACUGGUCAUUGUUUAAGGACAUUCAGAGAGGUAUUGUGCAGAUCGACCCAACCUCUGAUAUCUACUGCCGCAUGUGUCAUACGGGAAAGUCAGACAGCCCUAAUGAAAUCGUUCUCUGUGAUGGCUGUGGUAUAGGUUAUCACCAGCAAUGUCACAAACCAGUCAUCCAGUCAAGUAUCUUAAAGCCAGAUGUUAGCUGGGUCUGUAGGAAUUGUGUGUUUGCAACCACUGCCAAGCGAGGUGGUGCUGAUAAAGAGGGACCGAAUUCGGAAGCACUGCUCGAAAUGAAAAAGUCACUGCCAUAUAAUGCCAAAGAGUUAAAAUGGGAUAAUCAACACAAAACAAACAAUCAGCAGAUAUACUGUUAUUGCGGUGGCCCUGGAGACUGGUACCUGAAGAUGUUGCAAUGUUGCCGAUGUAACCAGUGGUUCCACGAGGCAUGUAUCCAGUGUCUCGACAUGCCCAUCAUCUACGGCGACAGGUUCUACAUAUUUGUCUGCUCCUGUUGUAACGCUGGACCGGAGUACAUCAAGAGGCUGGAUUUGAAGAUGGUAGACAUUCUGCAUCUGGCCCUAUUCGACUUGACAAUCCGCUACAACAAGAAAUAUUAUGAUUUUGAUGAAACAAUCUUACCGUGGAUUACAAACCAUGUUGAGUACUUCAAAUCAUCCAAGAUUGUAAACAUGGCGAUAUGUGAGAGAAAAGAGGAGAUGACGAGAGAGUUGAUAAACCAUCGCACCAAAUUUGAUAGCUCUCAGACCAUGUUGGUUAAGAAGCGCCGUGUGAAACAUAAGCAUAAGCUAAGAUUCCAGAGUGGUAGAGAGAUCAAGAAGAAGGCAACGUUAUUCGGUCUCCGUGUACGAGCUCCUCCGCAGCCUCCAGUCAUCCAGCUGCCGGCCAACGGACAGAUCACAGACGAUGUCAUGAAUAAUCUUAAGAUGAAGGGGAAGAAAGUGAAAACAUUUGUUCCAGUGACGAGUACGUCACCUGUUCCCCUGAAGUGGCAGGGCACUCAUCUCAAGCGUAGAGCCUCUACAGAUGCAUCUAGUCUGUACAUGUACAACCCAGCCAAGAAAAGAUUGGUGUCAGAAUGCUCCGAGUCUUCAGAAGCCGCCUCCAAUAGCGACAGUGCCAUCAGCUUCAACCAAAACUACCUCGGAUACACCGGACACAGCUCGGCGUACUUGUCAAUGGACGACAGUGACAUGGACGUUCACAUGCGUGACGAGGACACCUUACCAUUAUGCCCACCUCCAUUGCGCACCAAUCAGGGGACUAAUCUCUUAGAUACGCUCAUACCCGUACCGAAAAGUUUUGAGGGGAUGGACCAUCCCUUUAAAACGAUAUUAGAGAAAAAUCAGGACUUGGAGAACUUUCACGCCAAGGUUCGCCUAUUGGGCAUGUGUAGGGUUGAAUACGAUUUCGACGACUGUUCAAGUUUGGCGGGGAGCGAUUAUGGGUCUACGAUAUCCAUGGCGAUGAGCGGAGAUAGUUUAGGCAAAGAUAGCCAGGUGGCGUCGGUAGGGGAUACAAAUGUUUUGGAGCAUGUCCCAAAAAAACGUGGUCGCAAAUCGAAGCGUGAAAAGCAGCUAUUAAGUGGCAUGGCAAACGGAAGUGAUAUUGUCGCGAGUACGAGCGCCGGUCGGAGGAAAAGACGUCGUAAACAAUCUUCUGUGCCAGACCUCGGUCUUGUGGACAGCAGCAGUUUCGCUGAUAGUGGCUCGGUAGUGUCAGUUAGCAGUGCAGACUCUAUGAUUCAAUUGGCAAUGAACUGUUCAUGUGGUGUCAAUCCCUCGCCGACUAUUGAGAGUUUUCAAGUGAGGGCGCGGCGGGCGUUGCCCGAUGGUAAGGUCCAGUAUCUGCUCGAGUGGGAGAAAGGUGCUCCGUAAUGUGCCGUGGUCUGUAUACUGCUGAUUGUAAGAUUUGGACAGCUUGGAUGCAAAAUGCUGUAACUUUAUAUUGAUAUUUCCCACGUUGAAGAGAGAAAAACAGAAAGUCGGAAGUUCUGUUUUUUCCGUUUUUUCCAAUAACCUCCUUUGCUCAUCAGUGCUUUAUGAUUAGCUCUGUAACCUUCAUGGUCCUAUUCAGCAUUUUGCAUCAGAGUCCCUGGCUUGUAUGACGUCUGAGUUUAUCUUUUAAAAGAGCGUUUUUAAAGAUGUAAAAAAUGUGUAUGACGAGUAAAAUAUUUGCCAAUUCCUGAAAAUAGCACUACGUAGUCCUGGUUUGUGGGCUUUGCCUGGUCAAUGGCAUUUUCUGAUGGUUUUAGUAUACUCAAGAGUCUUCAGCUUUUGGUCCGAAUGUAGUUGGUUCAGUUCUUCUAUUUUGACGGACUGGUGCUUUUCAAAUUAUUUGCAUUUAUUAUUAACUAUUGAAAUUAUCAGUUAUAACGUUAAACUUAUCAGUUGUAUUGUUAAAAUUAUCAGUUAUAACGUUAUAAAUGUACAUACUGAUUUUAAUCUGCCAAGGCCAUAGGCAAUAUAUUUUGCCUCUGGACUCUUAAAAACAUCCGAUGUUGGGGAAAGAGUGGCUUAUUUUAAUGUGUACGGGUGUAUUGGAAUCCAGUAAAAUUGUCCUAUUUGUAAUGAAGGGAGACUAUAGGCAGGAGCCAGGUGGGCCAGAUUAAGUUAUGAGAAGUCACCAAUAGGUGUCUCCACUAUUUCACAGUACACUGAUACUAUUCAGGCUCGUACAAGGAAUAUUUUAACACCUUGUGAAGCUAGACCAAGUUUUCCAACUGUGGACAUUGGUCAGCUGGACACCACCAUAGUCCCUCUAGCUUCUACCUACAGUCUCCUUUCAAAAUUCAAGCAUGCUGUAAUAUUACAAUUCUGGGCGAUGAUGCCUAAAUGAUGAUGAUGAUGAUGAUGAUGAUGAAUAUUAUGUUUUGUGGCAUGAUGUUGUCACUUUGGAGAAAAAAAUGUAAAAUAAGGUGAGAUUAUGAGAAAAGGUAAUGUAAAUCUAGUGACCUAUAGAUGUAAUUAUGUCAUCACAUAAAUGGCCAGCAUUGAUCAAUCUGCGAUAAUGAAACUGAAGGUCCUCUACUGGUAUAUUGUCCUUGUUGUAUGACUCUGCAUGUACCUGUCAGAAUAUUACAUGUAUAUGUAUACUAUGAUACUAAAAUCAUUGAUGAAUGGGACCAUCUCUUUAAUUGUUGUUUACUGUAAAAUAACCAAGCCAGAGAUGGGACAUGUACGUGUAGGAAUCUUUUAAUAUUUUGCAGUUUUAUGUGAAAAAAAGUCAAUUUGAAGCCAUUGAUGAAUUUGUGUUGAAAAUGUUGGGGCGGGUCAGCAGGGUUGGUUAGGUUACGGUAUAAAUGUAUAUAACCAGGCCUUUCCAUUACUUAAGUUGACAGUGUUAUACAACAUAACGGACGCGACCUCCCGAGAUAGUUCUCGACCUUUUCGCUGCCAAUUUGAUUGAACUUGUAUUCAUAAGUAUGGCACAUGAGCCAAAAAUGUACGUGAAAAUGACUCUUCUAGUAAUCAUUGUUGCCUGGGAUAUGCUUCUCCCACUACAAAUGUAUCUAUUGUAAAAAAAGGAUAAAGUUGAUAUCCAUUUGAAAUUUAUUCUACAUUUAUGAAUUGAAUAAAAUUUAUUUUCAAAGAUACUGUAAAUUUCUGUUUUGUCAACUUUGUCUCUGGAAGAAUUGAAACGAAAAGUGAACUUGGAAAUGGAGAAAGUCUUUUAUUCUGUAGAUGCUCCAGUGACACAGAUGAAGGAAUCAUGCUUUCUUAUCAGCAUCAAGGACUUCUGUUUAAAGGAGGAGGCAAAAAUAAGGCGUCAACAAAUG